AUGUCUUCCUUGCUGCGAAAGUUCUCCAACCUUUCCACCAAGUCUAAAUCGUCUUCCACUUCCACUUCCUCCAACCUCGCACCCGCUGCUCCCAUCAAAAUGUCCAAGAUCGCCGUUGUAGUCUGGUCAGCUUAUGGCCACGUCGCCUCGAUCAGCGAAAAGGUCGUCGAGGGUGCCAAGUCCACUGGCGCCACCGUCGACGUGUAUCAGUUCCCCGAAACACUCAGCGAAGAGGUUCUCGGCAAGUUGCACGCCAACAAGGCCCCCAUCGCAUCCUUCCCCGUCAUCACCCCGGACAAGCUCAAGGAGUACGAUGGCUUCCUUCUCGGCUUCCCCACUCGUUACGGCCGUGCGCCCGCUCAGGUCUCGGCCUUCUUCGACCAAACCGGCGGUCUCUGGGCCACUGGUGCCCUGAUCGGCAAGUUUGCCGGCACCUUCACCUCGACCGCCUCCCAGCACGGUGGUAACGAGACCACCCACCUCACCACCAUCCCCUUCUUCGUUCACCAGGGUAUCAACUAUGUUCCUCACGGUUACAGGAACUUCGCCGAGCAGACCAACCUGGAACAGAUCCACGGUGCUUCCGCCUACGGUGCUGGUACCAUCGCUGCCGGCGACGGCAGCCGCCAGCCUAUCGACCUCGACUUCACCAUUGCCAAGUCGCAGGGCGAGCACUUUGCCAACGUGGUCAACACCUACGUCAAGGGCAAGUCGGCUUGA